AUGGACUUCAAGGGCAUUUACAUGGAGAAUGGCUCUGGUGGCUUCAUGGGUGACCUGACAUUUGUUGGCGGAAACUUUGGUGUGGCCAGUGCAUAUUUCGGAAAUCAGCAGUUCACAACAGACCAUCUUGUCUUUGUCUACUGCAGCACUGCCGUUCAAGUUCAUUGGGACUGGGCAUGGACCAUGCAUGAUUUCAUCUUCGAGGGAUGCGGCAAAGGUCUCAGUAUUGUCGGAUGGGAUCCCAACGCGCAGACGGUUGGCUCCCUUGCACUGGUAGAUGCGAUCGUCGUCAACACCGACAUUGCCGUCGAGUCGAGCCUUCGCAGCGAAAAGUCGACUAGCUUCCUGCUGCAAAACGUCGCAUUCUAUAACGUCAGGGUCGGCGUGCUAGACGUUCAAACUGGCCAAACCAUGCUGAGCGGCGGCGACGGAAAAGUCAUUGAGAGCUGGGGCUACGGCCGCGUGGUAGAGGGCAGCGACAAGUCGACCUUCCAUGACGGCGGCGACGUGCCGGCCAUGAAAAGAGUCGCAGCCUUGACGGGCGAGGCCUACGAGAACCAGCUCCCGAACCUGUAUGCCCGCCGCCGCCCAAAAUAUUACAAUGAGCCCCUUAGCAACAUCAUGAAUGUCAAGAGCCUGGGCGCCAAGGGCGACGGCGAGACAGACGACACUGCCGUGCUUAACGCGAUCCUGGCCGGUGCCGCCAAUAUCUCGUCCAUCGUGCACUUCCCGCACGGAGUGUACAAGGUGACUGAUACGAUUAGGGUACCCAUCGGCUCACGCAUCAUCGGCCAGGCUUGGUCGCAGAUCAUGGGUACUGGUGCCAACUUCGAGGACGAGCGUGCGCCUCGGCCUGUCGUCCGCGUGGCUGACCCGGGCGACGUCGGCAUCAUCGAAAUUCAGGACAUGCUGUUUACGGUGUCUGGACCUACGGCCGGCGCCAUCGUCCUCCAGUGGAACGCCCAGGAGGCGACGCAGGGUUCCGCCGGCAUCUGGGACUCGCACAUCCGCGUUGGCGGUGCGGUCGGUUCAGGCCUUCGAGCAUCCGACUGCCCGAAACAGGCCUCUGGGGACAUUAAGUCUGGCUGCAAGGCAGCAUCUCUCAUGGUUCAUCUCACCAAAGGCUCGACGGCUUAUAUGGAAAAUGUCUGGGCCUGGGUCGCCGACCACGAUCUCGACACACCCGACAGGAAGCAGAUCAACGUCUAUGCCGGUCGCGGUAUGCUCAUUGAGAGCAAACUUGCCUACCUUUGGGCCACCUCGGCCGAGCACGCGACAUUGUACCAGUAUCAGCUUGCCGGCGCAAAGAAUGUUCUCAUGUCGACCAUCCAGUCCGAGACGCCGUACUUCCAGCCCAUGCGCAACACCCCGGCGCCUUACCGGCCGGGCCUGUUCGCCAGAGACCCGACAUUUGACCACUGCCCAGCCAACGACAAUCUGUGCAACAUGGCCUGGGGUGCCCGUAUCAUCGACUCUCAAACAGUAUAUCUCCUCAGCGCCGGCGUCUAUUCCUGGUUCAACAACUACGCCCAGACCUGUCUUGAUACCCACAAGUGCCAGCAGCGGGCUGUCGAGGUCGAGCAAAGCGCCGAUAUCUGGCUCUACAACCUCUGUACCAAGGCCAUCGUCGAGCUCAUCUCGCCGCACAACGAAGACGCCACCAUGGCGGCCGACAACUUGAACGGUGCCCUCUCGUCUGUGCUCGCAUGGCUGCGUGGUGCACGCGAGACGACAGGUCCGCGCGAUUUCCCCGGCUUCCGCGUCUACGAGCCAGACGACGUUGAGUUCUUCGAGGCAGAGGAUAUCUGCAAGACGGCACUUACCGAGCUGAUCAAGUGCCACGAGGACGUCGAGGACUUUCAGAGCCUCAGUUACCGGGGGUCGCUGGAGAACGCGACCCUCACGGACCUCGUCUGCCAGACUAGCUGUGGCGAGAGUUUGGACCGCUGGGUGUCCACCGUCGAACGGGUGUGUGGCCCCGAUGCCACUGGCGACGGUCCCCCUGUCCUCCACGGAGCUCGCAUGUACGCUGGCUGGAACGAGACUUGUCUCGAAGACAAGGCCACCGGCGAGAACUGCAAUGACCUGAUCGACGACUUCGUCGAGGUGGAGUCGAUCGAGAAGAUGCCGCGCGACGAGCUGUGCUCCUUCUGCCACGUUGAGCGCCUGGCCAUGAUGCAGCGUACGCCGUACUCCUCGUACGACGAGUUCUGGAAGACCCAGCUGGAGUACAUCUACUCCACGUGCGGCAUCUCCGGCGAGACCGAUGUCCUCCUCCCCGACCUCGGGCUCCCGCAGGACGACCGCGACUCGACGUUCUGCCUGUCAGGUGAGUGGUACACGACCGAGCGGGAGGGCGAGUCGUGCGAGGAGAUCGCCUGGGCGCACACCACAUCGUCCGCCUGGCUGUUCAUGGCGAACCAGAACCGCAUCAUCUCGUGCGCCGCGGGGGAGUCGAUCCCCGCGGGCACCAGGCUCUGCCGCCCCCACGGCUGCGGCGCCACGUACAUGCUCCAAGACCAGGACACCUGUGCCAGCAUCGAGCGGAACUCGUCCCUUUCCCUCGGCCCGGGCGACGUUGCGCGGUACAACUCGUGGGUGGGCUUCGAGUGCGCCGCGAUGCAGAACAUCAGCCUCUCGUACGGCGCCGUCAUCUGCCUCGGCCCGCUGAUCGGCGACCACGAGACCGAGAUCCCGGGCGGAGAGGACACGACGAGGCCACCUGUCCGGGAUGGCUACUCGGGCGUCAUUGUGGAUCCUCCCGAGGGCGCAAAGGUUGCUGAGGGCACGACGCCGUAUUGCGGUGUUUGGCACGUCGUGGAGGACUCAGAGACGUGCGCUGUGUUGUGUAUCAAGCACAUUAUUGAUGCCAGCCUCUUCAUGCAGGUAAACCCGUCACUCGGAACUAAUUUGGUGGAGUGCAGUUCCAAGUUGGAAGCAGGUGUGGCGUACUGCGUCGCACCCUAUGUUGACUGGGAGCAUUACGACGAUGAGUACGAUGAAGAUGAGGACAUUGAAUAG